ACGGAUCAAUUUCUUUCUCUUAAUUUUGUUUUUGUUUUUGUUUUCUUUUUGGAGAAUAUAGCAUACAGUGGGGUGGCUUUUAGGGGAGUGAUUUUGGAAGUGAAGAACAAUUAUGAAUUCCCAGAAUGAGAAAUGGAAUUUUGAAUCUGUUGGCAGUGUGUGUUAAACAAGGCAGGGUUUUAGGAGAGCCAUUACUCGUUUCUUUAUUCAGCAGGCAAAGCUACAAGCUCAGCUGUGUCCACAGAGCUCCAUUUUCUUCAUUUUCUAAAGGCAUCUGUCCUGAAUUCUCUGUUGCUCCGCUUAAAGAUAUGGAAUCGGUCAAGAAACCCGAAGUGGAAGAUCCUGAGAAGAAGAAGAAGAAGGAAGAAAAGGCAAGAGAAAAAGAAUUGAAAAAGAAAAAGGCUUUAGAGAAAGCGUUGAAGCUGCAGGCCCAACAAACAUCAAAUGCUCCUAAAAAGAGUGAGAAGAAGAAUGCCAGACGAGGCGGAGAUGAAGAAAAUGCUGAGGAUUUUGUUGACCCUGACACCCCCUUUGGUAAAAAGAAAUUGAUGUCUCAGCAAAUGUCAAAGCAAUACAAUCCUAGUGCCGUGGAGAAGUCGUGGUAUGAGUGGUGGGAAAAAUCAGGAUUUUUUGUUGCUGAUGCUAAAAGCUCCAAGCCGCCAUUUGUAAUUGUGUUGCCCCCACCUAACGUGACAGGGGCGCUCCACAUUGGUCAUGCUCUUACUGCUGCAAUUGAGGAUGCCAUUAUUCGAUGGCGGAGAAUGUCUGGAUACAACACCUUGUGGGUUCCUGGUACAGACCAUGCCGGUAUAGCCACUCAGGUUGUUGUAGAAAAGAAGAUAAUGCGAGAAAGGAAUUUAACCAGACAUGAUAUUGGUCGGGAGAAAUUUAUUUCUGAAGUUUGGGAUUGGAAAACCAAGUAUGGUGGUACAAUAUUAAAACAGUUGCGUCGUUUGGGUGCCUCUCUUGAUUGGACCCGUGAGUGCUUCACAAUGGAUGAGAAGAGAUCGAGGGCUGUCACAGAGGCUUUUGUCAGGCUGUUCAAAAAUGGACUUAUUUAUAGGGAUUUGCGUUUGGUGAAUUGGGAUUGUGUCUUGCGUACUGCGAUAUCUGAUAUUGAGGUGGACUAUAUUGAUAUAAAAGAAAAGACUCUUCUCAAGGUUCCAGGAUAUGAGAAGCCUGUGGAAUUUGGUGUUUUGACUUCAUUUGCUUAUCCUCUUGAAGGGGAAUUGGGUGAGAUUGUAGUAGCCACUACUAGAGUGGAAACUAUGCUUGGGGAUACUGCAAUUGCCAUUCAUCCUGAUGACACGAGGUACAAGCAUCUUCAUGGAAAAUUUGCUAUUCAUCCUUUUAAUGGAAGGAAGCUUCCUAUAAUUUGUGAUGCAAUUCUUGUUGAUCCAAAUUUUGGGACUGGCGCUGUUAAGAUCACACCUGCUCAUGACCCAAACGAUUUUGAGGUUGGAAAGCGUCAUAACCUUGAGUUCAUAAAUAUUUUUACUGAUGAUGGUAAAAUAAAUAGCAAUGGUGGCUCAGAGUUUGAAGGAAUGCCACGUUUUGAAGUCCGGGAGAUGGUAGUGGAUGCCUUGCAGAAGAAGGGUCUGUAUAGAGGUGCUAAAGACAAUGAGAUGCGUCUUGGCCUUUGUUCAAGGAGCAAUGAUGUUGUGGAGCCAAUGAUAAAGCCUCAAUGGUAUGUUAAUUGUAAAGAUAUGGCAAAGCAGAGUCUUGACGCCGUAACGGACAAUGAAUGCAAAAAGAUCGAGAUCAUACCAAAACAAUAUUCUGCUGAUUGGAAGAGGUGGCUAGAGAACAUUCGUGAUUGGUGCAUCUCAAGGCAACUUUGGUGGGGUCACAGGAUCCCUGCAUGGUAUGCUACAUUAGAUGAUGAUCAACUUAAAGAGUUUGGUGCCUAUAAUGAUCACUGGGUGGUUGCAAGAAAUGAGGAAGAGGCUGAGGAGGAGGCAAAAUUAAUUUAUGCAGGAAAGAAGUUUCAUUUGACACAAGAUCCUGAUGUGCUUGAUACGUGGUUUUCCUCGGGGCUCUUUCCAUUAUCUGUGUUAGGUUGGCCUGAUAACACUGAAGAUCUAAAGGCAUUCUACCCGACAUCAGCUCUGGAAACUGGUCAUGAUAUUCUCUUUUUCUGGGUUGCUCGCAUGGUAAUGUUAGGAAUCACAUUAGGCGGAGAUGUACCUUUUCGGACGAUAUAUUUGCACCCCAUGAUUCGUGAUGCACAUGGUCGCAAGAUGUCGAAGUCCUUGGGAAAUGUUAUCGAUCCUGUUGAGGUAAUAAAUGGGAUAUCUCUUGAAGGCCUUCAUAAAAGGCUGGAAGAGGGCAAUUUGGACCCCAAAGAAUUGGCUGUUGCCAAGGAAGGACAGGUUAAGGACUUCCCUAAUGGCAUUUCUGAAUGUGGUGCAGAUGCUCUCCGUUUUGCAUUGAUCUCAUACACUGCUCAGUCUGAUAAAAUAAAUUUGGAUAUCCAAAGAGUCGUUGGUUACCGUCAAUGGUGCAAUAAAUUAUGGAAUGCAAUCCGAUUUGCUAUGAGUAAGCUUGGAAAUGAUUAUGUUCCAAGCAAGAAUGUGACACCAGAUGCCUUGCCAUUUAGCUGUCAGUGGAUAUUGUCAGUACUUAACAAGGCAAUAUCCAGAACAGUUUCAUCGCUCGAAGCAUAUGAGUUUUCAGAUGCAACUACCGCUGUCUACUCUUGGUGGCAAUAUCAAUUAUGUGAUGUCUUCAUCGAAGCAAUUAAGCCAUACUUUUCCUCCAAUGAUACAGAAUAUGCAUCUGCAAGGAGUCAUGCGCAAGAUACAUUAUGGUUAUGCCUUGAAAAUGGGUUGCGAUUGCUUCACCCAUUUAUGCCUUAUGUUACAGAAGAAUUAUGGCAACGCCUUCCUUACCCGAAGAGUAGUACGAGGCCAGAAUCGAUAAUGAUAUGCGACUAUCCAUCUGUGACAGAGGAAUGGACUAAUGAAUCUGUGGAGACUGAGAUGGAUCUUAUCGUAUCUGCUGUUAAAUCUCUAAGGUCACUGGCAAAAGAAAGCCGUGAAAGGCGACCUGGCUACGUGCUCCCUCGCAACGAUGUCGUUGCUGAAACCAUCAACAAACGCAAGUUGGAAAUAGUGACCCUUGCCAAUUUAUCAUCAUUAACGGUGAUCAACGACAACGAUGCUGCUCCUGUCGGAUGUGCUGUAUCAGUCAUAAACGAAAACCUAUCGGUCUAUCUCCAAUUUCAAGGAGCCAUUUCUGCAGAAGCAGAGCUUGAAAAGAUCAAGAAAAAGAUGGAGGAAGUUAGAAAGCAACAGGAGAAGCUGAAAAAGAUGAUGGAUGCAAGUGGCUACAAAGAGAAGGUCCGGCCACAUAUUCACGAGGAGAACGUGAAUAAGCUAGCAUCUCUCAUGCAGGAGCUUCUAUCUCUUGAAGAAGCAGGCCAACAUAUUCAAGCUCACAGAUAAUCCAAUACUCAAAAGUCCUUCACCAUCGAUGGCGGCCUUAUUUCAGCCAAUACAAUGACUAAUAAUGCUCUUUUCCUCUUUAAAGCUCCAUUCUAAACUCAGUCACUGAUUGUUUUACUUCCUAUUCUUGAGGGGAUUGUCACUGUUAUACAUUCUACUUUCACAGGAAGACGAGUUUUCUUGUCGACCUGAAAACGGCCGACAUCUAGAUUUUUCGCUUUACAGGUCAAUUUUCCUCUAGGUUUUUCAAUAUAUUCAUAAUUUCUCGAUCCAA